GCGAGCAGUACUCUACGAGCUGCGUUCAAAGUGAAACUCCACGUUGUUCGUGCGCGACGAUUUCGCACCGAUCUCGUAAAACAAAUGAAUGACAACGGACUUGAGCGAACCGUUCGCGAAGCUGGCUUCGGCUGAUAGUAUUUUGUUUGGAAAGUGCUCGCACAUGUUUUUAGAAUCCUAGCGAAAAAUAUCUAAACUGUGAGUUAUUAUGAAGUUGUGUACGAAUCUUUCGACGAUCUGUGAUAGCUAAUAAAUAAGUGACAGUUACUUUUUUCUGUAUUGUGAUAUUUGUUGCUGUUAAUAUGAUGCCGCCUGCCAAGAAAAACGGCAAAAAACGGGUCAAGAAAACAAACGUGAAACGAUGUUACUGCCAAGGCCACUGUCCUGACAAUCAGUACAAUGGGACUUGCGAAAUUCGAACUGGGGGCGUAUGCUUUACGUCUGUCGAAGCCAUCUACGAUGACAGUCAGGACAAGGAUAUUCCUCUAUAUACUUAUGGAUGUCUCCCCGAUGACGAACGGGGACUUAUGCAGUGCAAAGGCCACCUCGUACCCCACGAACAGAGCAAGUCCAUCCAGUGUUGCAACGACAAAGACUUCUGCAACCUGUCGCUGCUUCCUACCUAUCCAGAGCGACCGACGCCAGAAACUCCCGGUUUCGGUACCCCUGACAACCUGCCAUUCACCGUCCUCCUUACCACUAUCACCUUCUGCCUUACUCUAGUUCUUCUGAUCGUCGCCAUAGUGUUCAUGAAGAACAGGAGGAAAGAUGUGCAGAGGAAGUUCGGAUUGUAUGGCAAAGGAUAUACCGGCGAGAAAUACCCCCAAAUGGAAGUCCAUGGUCCUUUGGUAAGCUUAAUGGAACAAUCCAGCGGAUCUGGUUCUGGUCUUCCGAUCCUAGUACAAAGAACAAUUUCGAAGCAGAUCCAAAUGGUUCAUUCGGUGGGUAAAGGACGAUAUGGUGAAGUUUGGUUGGCGAAAUGGAGAGGCACCAAGGUGGCAGUCAAAGUAUUUUUCACUACAGAGGAACAGAGUUGGUUCAGAGAAACUGAGAUAUACCAGACUGUUUUGAUGAGGCAUGAGAAUAUACUGGGAUUUAUAGCUGCCGAUAUAAAAGGUACCGGAAGUUGGACCCAAAUGUUGCUGAUAACGGACUACCACGAAUGUGGUAGUCUUUAUGAUUAUCUUCAGGACAACUGUUUGGAUCCAUUGAGGCUCCUGCUUAUGGCUCAAAGUAUAGCAUCUGGACUUUCGCACCUCCACAUCGAAAUAUAUGGCACCAAAGGAAAACCGGCUAUAGCUCACCGAGACAUCAAGAGCAAGAAUAUUUUAGUGAAGCGGAAUGGGGAAUGCUGCAUAGCAGACUUUGGACUUGCUGUGAAGUAUUUGUCCGAAACUAAGGAGAUAGACGUCCCUCCAAACGUAAGAUCUGGAACCAGGAGGUAUAUGGCACCAGAACUUCUGGAUAAAUCAAUGAAUGUCCACAACUUUGAAGCACAUAAGAUGGGCGACAUGUACGCAUUUGCAUUGGUCAUGUGGGAGUUGGGCAGGAGGUGUGUCACUGGUGACAAACUCAAGGGAGCAGAUGAGUAUGCAGUGCCAUAUUAUGACUGUGUUCCAUCUGAUCCAUCUUUCGAAGACAUGCUACAAGUGGUAUGUGUGAAAAAGAUUCGCCCCCAGAUACCCUUGAGGUGGGAGGGCGAAGAAGUGUUACAGACUUUAGCCAAAGUGAUGCAAGAAUGUUGGCACUCUAAUCCCGACGUUCGAUUAACGGCCCUAAGAGUGAAAAAGACACUCGCGAAGUUAGAUACGGACACAAGUAUAAAGAUUGUGUAGUGGUCUUUAAUUUUGUGACUUUAUUUUAUAUAUAAUUGGGGAUGGUGUCAGAAUUACAGAGCUUUGAGCUCAACCAAAUUAAUAACAUGUACUAAACAUACCUUUUUUUAAUUUCUAAAUUGUAUAUUGAAUUGUAUAUUGCGUUUUAUAAUUAUUUUCGAAAAUUUUCGUUUUUUAUCGUAAUACUGGUACCUUCCCCAGCAAAGACUAGAGAUCUAAAAUCUCUGAGCGAAUUUCCGCAUCUGUCACAAGCUUUAAACUCAAAACUCACAGAUCCAGAUGCGGAAAUCGCAGUUUUUACUAUAUGUUGAAAGAAAAAUUGUAUAUAGAUGACGACUAUGUUGUAAAUAUUUGUUUAUUAGUUAAAAUUUCACUAUUAUAUAGUAUGUAAAGUCGAAAAAGUACCUAUAUAUACAUUCACAAGAGUCCAGUUGACCUAAAUGAAAACCAAAUUGUAGAUAUUAGACGAAGGCACAGUAACUCAAGGAUAUUAUUUUGCCAUAAAUUUUUGGUUAACUGAUUAUAAUGGUUUCACUGAUAUUAAGGUAAAACAAACUACAGUAGGAAAAAUGAAAGAAUACCCAUGAACGGACAUAUAAAACACGCUGUAUUUUCCUAUCACUGCGUCACACAAAAAAUUGGCCAGCGCAAGUACAUGUAAUAAUUAUUGUUACAUGCACUUGCACUGGACAAUUUUCUUUGUGACACGGUGACAGGAAAAUAUAGCGUGUUUUAUAUGUUCGUUCAUGGGUAUUCUUUCAUUUUUCCGACUGUAAAUAUAUAUGUUAUUUCCCUGGAAGAUAAAAAACAGUUACAUAUUUAAGAACACAUAACAAUCCGCUUGUUUUCCAUGGCAUUUUAUGUAUUAUGCAUUAUUGUGAGUCUUACCACAGUUUAUACAAUGUUUUAUACAGGGUGUCCUCGAAAAUAGUGCGUUCCUUUAAGGUAUGGAUAUAAUACACAAUUUAGAACAAAAAAAGUCCUAUAACAUUUUUUUCUAAAGUUAACCGUUUACAAGACAUGGCAACAUAGCCUAGAAGAACUUGCUGUGACUGUGGAAAUGUAAUCUAAUGUAAUAACCCUUUGUUUAUUUACUUUGAGGUGUGAUUUUUGGUGUUGACAUCCUAGGUACAUACCAGCAAAAUAAUAGAUAUAGGUUUGGUUGAUAUUUACAUUAUUUUACCUACCAGAUGCAACUGACAACUGACCUACAAACCUACUUUUUUAAUCUUUAGAUUUUUGAGUUGCUCGUUGUUGCCAGACUUCAGUUUGCAUAUCAAAAUGUAUUUUCGUUUUUUGGUCAAACGGAUCAAUUUAGAAAAAAUGGUAUAAUACUUUUUUGGUCUACAUUGUGCCUUCUACCUAUACCUUUAACUAUUUUCGAGGACACCCUGUAUACUCUUUGAGACUUUCAAUCUCACUUUCAUCUAAGUCUAAUGUGAUAUUUUGAUUUAUCAUCAACUUUGUUUUAUUUAAUUUUUACCCCAAUUUUGCGAAAUCUCUCUUGUUCAACCAGCUGGUAACUAUCAAACUUAGUGGGUAGGCUGUUGUUAAUUAUUUUGGUAAACAAUUUGUACGGAUGUGGUACAUAAUAGGGAAGGUUAAAAAUAUUCAAUGCAAAACAAGUAUAAAACUCGAAACAGAAACAACUGUUUUUUUUUGUUUUAUAUAAAUUUUGUCGCCAAAAAAUUGUUAUAAUAAAAUUAGGACAAUAGGAAACAUUUUUAUCAAUCUUUAAAACCAAUUUUGAGUUUAAGCUAUACAACUCAUCAUACCCAGAGGGUAAAAAUACAGCUAUACUAUGUAUACUAUCCAGCUGUAAUAAUUUUCAGUAGAAUUUGCACUUAACCAUCAACAAGGCUAUUAUAUUGGUUAACCAAAUCGUAUAAUAUGUUGGCAUUUUGUGAUAUAGUAUUGUGCAAACCCUUUGAAACAAAAAAAGUUAACGGUUUAUCAGGAAUAUUUUGACGUAGCAGAUAAAACUAGUUUUAACCACGUUUAUGAUACAUUACUUUGUUAAAUAGUACAUGUCUCGUGGGUGUUCGGGAACGAUUAACUUAAAUUAAAAUAAGUGUAAAAACAACAACUUGUCAAUAAUAUAUUUAUUUGUGUCGGUAAAAUAGCGUGAAUAUUUCUCGAAAGAGGGUUUGCUAUUCUUUAUGAGUGUGUUGGUGUGACCGCAUCGGGUGCCCGCUGUGACUAUACUGAAAAAAACCACAAACGCUAAUAUGUUUGUGUUUCUACCAUCUGGCCAGAAAGGCGAUAAAUUAUUUAGAUUUGGCGUUUAAAAGUUGAAGCAUUUCUGCAGUUUUAAGAAACGUCUUCGAAUGCAUUUCCAAAGUGAGUUAUUGACAUAAGGUUUGAAUAGGUAAUUAAUUUAUGGGGAAUUCAGUUUGUUAAACUGAACACACCAAAAACAUCUGAUUAGGUAUACAUUUCGUUUCGUAAAACUUAACGGGUCCUUCUUAGCAUCUGGUUUGUAUAUUAAAUGUGAAUUUUAUAUGACACACAUUAUUUCGUUUUGAGAAAAGAAAGUUAAUAUUUAAAAUUAGCAGUUAAAAAAAUAAUAAAUGAAGGGUGUCGCUAUAUACAUCUUGCCAAAAGUUUAUCCAACACAAUUCAUAAAUUGUCUUAAGAUUUUUUGGAUUAACCCGGCAGGUAGAUUGUUUGGAUUAGCUUACAACUAGUACUUUAGCUUACUUGCAAUAUUAGUAGUUGUAUCUGGACACUUUCUCUAAAACUUUUCCUUUAACAGAUUUUUGUUUUUUUUGUGUUCAGCGCGAUUCUAUACCUCUCGCAGUACUGCGUAGUGCAAUCAACCAAAAUUUGCUGUCCUCAAGGAAUAUUAUAUCGUCUCCAUAUGUGAGAUUACUCAUUAGUGUUCCGUUUAUUAGUAUGCCUUCAUUGAUGUCUUCUAGGACCUAUUUAAACAGCUCUUCUGAGCGCAUAUUAAAACGUAGAGGGGAUAGUACACAUCAUUGUCAUGGUAUCUCUUUAGAUUUUUGUUGGUCUACUCGUAUUAUGACUUUCUGAUAUCAGUAGAAAUUUGUAAUGAUUCUCACAUCCUGACCAUCUAUUUAUUUCUAUAUUCCGUAAUAUGUUUGCAAGCCUUAUUAUGUGUUGUAUUUUGUCGAAGGCUUUCUCAAAGUCAACUAGACAUUUGAACAUGUCACAAUUGACAUCACUACAUCGUUCUGUUUGUUUGUAUAGUAAAUAAUGCCUCUCUAGUUCCAAAGCCUUUUCUAAAUACCAGUUGGGUUCCUGUUUAUACUAUCGUCUAGUUGUGUGUAGUCACGUUCCUGAUGUACCAAUCACAAGAAGACUUUUAAAAGAUGGUUCAUCAAGCUGACCAUCCUAUGGGCUCCGUGCGUGGGGAUACACGAAACUAUGCCAGCGCCCGAAGCGGCGAAAUAUGACAACUUUGGCGAAUAAUGAUUGAGUAAUAAAUCAUACAGAAAUAAAAACUUCGUUUGUACAAUGGUAUAGAAAAAGUUUAUUAAAAACCAAAAAGUCAUCCAGAAGGAUUCGAAAAACGUUUUCGAUCUAGAUCAGAUCAUCUUCAGUGCCUAAAAUGAAGUAUUUCCACGUUAGAAUGAAUGCAAAAGGUUAAAAUUGUGACUAAUUGAAGAAAAAAAUGUGGUAAUACUUACGUUCUGCUUAGUACAUGAAACUAGAAACCUUAUUAAAUUGGUAACAUCUAGAAAUAUGGUUUACAUGAUAUUUGUAGCGACUCCAUAUCAUAUAAGUGUCAUGUAAACCAUAUUUCUAGAUGUUACCAAUUUCAUAAGGUUGCUAGUUUCAUGUACUAAGCAGAACUUAAGUAUUACCACAUUUUUUCUUCAACUAGUCACAAUUUUAACCUUUUGCAUUCAUUCUAACGUGAAAAUACUUGUUCUAGACACUGAAGAUGAUCUGAUCUAGAUCGAAAACGUUUUGCGAAUCCUUUUGGAUGACUUUUAAUGGUUUUUAAUAAACUUUUUUUAUACCAUUGUACAAUCGGAAGUUUUAACUUCUGUAUGAUUUUUUAAUUAUGGUAUACAGCCAGUUACUGGGAUUUUCCCAUUGAUUUUUGAUUGAAUAAUAAUUUUUUUCAAUAGAUAUUUCGCUUACCUUAUUAUUGCCGUUUUGAUUUAUAUUAUUUAUUUUUAUAUUCUCAUAUUGACUUUCUUUCCUUCCCUGAUCUGGUGGUAUAUUCCUAUCGUCAUCUAUUUCCAUUUUGUGUUACAGACAAAUAAAAUUAAUUGUUCAAUAGACCCAGCUGAUGUUAAAAUCUGGUAAUAAUAAUUCACACUGCCUAAUUUCUUUCGAUGUACACUUGAUUAAUGUUAACACCGACAACUAAACUUCAACGAAAAAGUGAAGAAAAACCCUUCAAAGCACAAAAAAAGGUUAAAUAUAAAUAAUUUGCACAAUACUGUAUUUGCAACAUAUAUUUGAAGUACCUGUUAGAGAACAGUCGAUUUUUUUAUUGUAUUACUAACGGGUGUUUAAAAUAUUUCAAUUUCUGAUUUUUAUAAAGUGUGUUUAUUAGACAAAAAUGAGUGUAUACCUUUAAAUAUGUACAAAGUAAAUAAGUAUUUAUUCCUAGUUGCCAUAUUUAUUGGGUGCGCCGAAAUUCCUUGGAAUUUGGCGUAUUCUGUAUAGUUAAUCGUUAAGCUAUUCCUAUACGUGUGCCAUUUAUCAAUUUUUGAGUUACUGUGCAAAAUCAGCUGGUGGUAUCUGCGACAAUCGAACCGUUGUAUACUUUUCCGUACACUCGUUAUCAAAAAGCACCAAUUUUUUGUAUUAUUUCGGAAAAUUUUUCUAAAAGGUGUGUACUGACGAGAGAAUUUUCUUCCGAAUAUACCAAACUAGCCUGGCGAGCACAAAUAAGCAAAUGGUCAAGUUAUUCAAAGUGUUAGUUCUUCUCGCUGCAUUCCCAUGUUCUGCUCAUUCGUAUUUUAUUUCAGUAUUCGUCCGGCCACGGUAGCAGAGAAUCUGGUAAUAGCUGCCGGAGCUAUUUUUCUUAUUCAAUUUAUUACAAAUAAAACGAAAUUAAGAAAAAAACAUUAAAAAUACAUUGGAUAAGGAGGUUGUUUUUAAGUCAUAACAAAGCAACUCUAUACUUAAUUUCGGUUCAUCUCUAUUUAAAAGAAAUGCCAUAGGGAAAAAGCAAACCAUUUAGAUACAUACAGUGAGCACGUAAAGGUUGGAAUAAAUUCCUUUUCUCGAGAAUGGACGAUUUUCGAAAAAUAUCCCGAAACUGGUCAAUUUUUAUUUUUAAAUUGCGACUUUUUGGCAUAUGUAUCAUACUAGUGACGUCACCGAUCUGGGUGUGAUGACGUCAUCUAUAUUUUUUAAAUGAGAAUAGGGGUCGUUUGAUAGCUCAUUUGAAAGGUUUUUCAAUUUUCUAUUCAGUAAUAUAAACAUUUACAUAACUAUUUACACCGGGUGUCCAAAAAAAAUUUUUUUGAACUAAAUUUAUUGACAUAAAAAUAAGAAUGCAUGUAAUUUAUUUAGUUCAAAAUACUUGUACUGCUCUUAGAAAAUAGAAAAAAAAGUUGAUUUGAAAAAUAGCCAUUGCUUUUCGCUUAAAUUAAAUGUUCAAACUGCCAAGGGGAAGGUGGGUGGCGGCUUUAAUAUUGAAUUUAAUCAAAAAAACAAUAUUUAUUUGUCAAAUAAACAUUAUUUCCUGUUUUCUGAUAGCAGUAAAAUGUAUUUUGAGUUAAAUAAAUUACACAGAGUCUGCAUUAUAUGUCAAUAAAUUUAAUUAAAAAUUUUUUUUUGGACACUUCGUAUAAAUAAUUAUGUUAAUGUUUAUAUUACUGAAUAGAGAAUUGAAAAACCUUUCAAAUGAGCUAGCACACGACCCCUAUUUUCAUUUAAAAAAAUAUAGAUGACGUCAUCACACCCAGAUCGGUGACGUCACUAGUAUGAUACAUAUGCCAAAAAGUCACAAUUUAAAAAUAAAAAUUGACCAGUUUCGGGAUAUUUUUCAAAAAUCGUCCAUUCUCGAGAAAAUAAAUUUAUUCCAACCUUUACGUGCUCACUGUAUUGUUAUGAUCUGUUGUCUCUUACUUUUAUAUUAAUUAGUAUUUAUUUAAUUAAUUAUUGAAUUGACGCAAAUCAUACAAAAUAAAUUAAUAAAAAAAUCUCAGGGUACCUUUUUGUCAUAAAAAAAUAACUAAAUUAUCUUAGGUUAUACUUAUCCUUUCUCGUGGCUUCAGUAUCUCUUAGUUGAUUCUUAUCGGGAUAAAAUAGGAAAAGGAAAUAAAUAGAAAACCAUAAAUAAGCACAUACAAAUACCUUUAUUAUCAAAAGCAAUGCUCUGAAAAUCUAUCAAUUAAAUCCUGUGGGCAUAAUUGUCCAAAUGAAACAUUUUCCAUAUAAUUAAUCUAAUUCAAACAAAUAUUUAUCGCUUUGUUCCUGAUACCAUUAUUAAAAUAAGCUAAACAACAAAUUUAGGUAUUUGCAAAACUACUUAUACUUCCUAUUAAAUUUUUGAAAUAUUGGAAUCUUAAUUCAUAUGCUUUUACGCAAAAAUUUUAACUUCUGAUUAUAAAGAACAUCUAUCACAUAAGUUAUUGACUGACCUUUUUGAUUCACACACAAUGAUGUCUCCCCUUGACCCAAACAGCUCUUCCUUGUUGAUUAUGUUAGGCUACCAAUCAAAGCCCUCUCCGUUCUCAGCAUCAAUCCAGCAGCAUACCAGCAACUAUUUCUCCAAAACACAAGCCAGGCCUCUUUUGACCAGUACUCGUUCAAUAAACUCCAAAACUCUCUCCUCUCUUUCUCUCAAUAAUAAUCUCCUGAGACCCAAGUAUCUUUUUUUACUUGGUGUCACAAAUAAUUUUAAUAACUAUAGUUCUUGUAACUUACUCUCUUGGACUUUACAGAAUCAAAGAGGUUUUUCUUCUCAAUUUGAUUUGUCUCUCGUUCCACUUUUCAGCUACUCUCUACUAUCAAACAACCACUAGUACUUGCUUCUGAAACUAUCCGCGAAAACUUUCGACUGCCCUUCUCGGAUGCCGGCCACACAAUAAUCUUUCUUUUCCAAACUGUCUCAACAUUCAAACUUCUCUUUCCCCCUUCCAAAUUGCCAAGCCAAUAAGAAACAUUUCUCUUUCCACAUUCCUCUUUUUCAUUCGAAAAACCCAGGCAUUCUUUCAAACAAUACUUCUACUCAAACUAAUCACUUUUCGGAAAUUAUACAAAUAUUCUUGUGCUUAAACAGACUUAAAAUUCCAAAUCUUUCUACCUUUAUUUUUCUAAAAACUAAUAAUUACAGCUACCUGUGGAUUUUACCUUUCACGUAACAAACAAUCUUUUUAAAUUAUAAUCCUAAAUAAAUUGUCUUUUCACUUCACUUUAUAUACAAAUGUAUUUAAGUCUUCAGGGAAAAACUCAUUAAGGAUAAACCCAUUGCGUAAAACCUACCUUCUGCUAAAUAGUUACAAAUCAAUAUACAGGGUGUAUCAAAUUUAUGUGCCCGCGUUAUAAUUAAAAAAUUAAAAUUUUUACUCUAUCUUUGAUAAAGUGAUACAUAAUAGUAUAUUUCAUUCGUUCCUAAAAAACUAAAGAGUAAUUAUUAUUAGUUUUGGUAAGAAUUUUGAAAAAACUACCUUUUCUUGUACCUGUCGAUUUGCCUGUUUUCUCUUUGGAAAUUGGCUAGCACACUAUCAAUCCUUUUCUUUGCUUCUUCGGAGGUACAUCCUACUUCUUCAACUAUUAAUAUCCAUGCAUCAUUUGUUUUUAUUUUAAGGGCACCCGAAGUCCCAUUUAAUGACAAUGUUAACAUUAUGUCAUAUAGCCAUGUAACCAAAGCACUUAAAGACCCAUUUUUUAUUUCAUUUUGAAACUAGCUGUAUUGUUUAGUCCUGCGUAGAUUUUUGUAAGUUACGAGUGAAAGAAACAUUUAUUUUAAAAAUUUUUAAAAUACCCUUACAAAAAAAACCUAAAGAAGUUUAGAUUUUAUUUUUUAUUUUACUUGUUUUUGUACAUUUUUCAAAAAACUUUACGUGGGACUUUAUAUUAUCCAUCUACAACAUCUGUAAAAAUUUGGGCCUUAUAUCAUCUAAAGAUCCAGAGAUAUUUGACAUCAAAUGUUAAAAACCUAGUAUUCGGGAAAUCGCAAAAACAUAAAACACUCUUAACAGGCUAUAAAGCUACCAGUACACAGUAAGUUGAGGUCAGACAUUCAAAAAACAAAUUGUAACCAUGGAUAUUUUAUACUAUGUAUAAUGUGUUAUAUAUCGUUGAAAAGAAAAGAUUCCAGAGAAUAAUUUUAUAGAAAGAGAAAUCAUAACCCAAAAAACCUUAAAAAUUCAAUUUUCGGGCUUUGGCUGCCCUUAAUAUAAUAUUGCCCAUGUUUUGGAUUUCAUAUCGCAGGAGAGCGUUCAUAUAAAUCAAUUAGUUCUAAACAUUUUUUUUUUCUGUUCCAUUCCAUUUUUUUAAGUGCAGAACUAAUCAAAAUUCUUGUUUGAUUAAACAUUUGCCACGAACACAACAAAUAUGUUGAACGCCCGUGCCCACGGAGCAUCAACGAACAAAUGCUCGCUUUUGAUAUGUCAAUGGUUGCAGUGUGCUCUGCUCAUUCAGUUUGUUCGGAGAAAAAUCCUCCAAGUCAGUACGCACCUUAAAAAGUGCUCAAGUUAAAAUUUUCAAGUGCAAUUGAGAUAGUCUAAGACUUUUUGCAUUAAUUUUGUUGUUUCUAAAUUUUAAACGAAAUGUUAACCCAUGUUUAACUAUUGAAUUUAAGCGUUUCUGGAAAAUGUUAUUGGAAUUUUCAUUUUAUUUCAUUAUUUGUCCGUUUUGUACUUUUCAAGUAGGCCGUGUGACUGUUAGAAUGUGCAUUUAUAUUAUAAUUGUAUAUAAAUUUAUUGUUAUAUGACUAUAUGUGAGCGAAUUUGAAUGUGCAGUAAAUUUAUUAUUAUUGCAAGACUGAUAUUUUGAAUGUUGUGCGUUUUGUGAAGAAAAUAAAAUAAUAUGUCAAAAA